GCGUCUCGCCGCGUCCCGUUCGCGUAGCGCUCCUCCUCCUCGUCCACUUCGAGUUCACAAUUUUUUAUUUAAAAUUAUAAUUUAUUUUAGUUUUUUUUUAUUACUUUCUCUAGUGCGUGCGUUCGUGCGUGCGCGUUGUAAUUACUACUUUUAUCUGGUUGCCAAUGCGAAGGCUGCUGCUGUCGUCCUCGCGCGCGGGUGACGCUGCCACAUGGGCGGCUGCGUGAGCGCGCGGCGCGGCACCUCCGGGAGCGCGCACGGCAGCUCGGAGCUCACGGGCGUGGCCUUGGGGCGGAACCAGCCACUGCGCAAGGAGCGUCCCAAGUGGAAGAGCGAGUUCCCCAUGACGGAGGGGCAGCUGCGGAGCAAGCGGGACGAGUUCUGGGACACGGCGCCAGCAUUCGAGGGCCGCAAGGAGAUCUGGGACGCACUGCGCGCCGCAGCCUACGCCUUCGAGUGCUCCGACUAUGACCUGGCGCAGGCCAUUGCCGACGGGGCCAGCAUCUCCCUCCCGCACGGCACGCUGACGGACUGCUACGACGAACUGGGCAACCGCUACCAGCUGCCCGUCUACUGCCUCGUGCCACCUGUCAACCUGAUCACCGAGGACGACGGCGGCGCCUACGACGACGAUGCGGCGGCGGCCAUCGCGGCCGACGGGGACUCGGCGAGCGGGCGCGAGUACCCGCUGCGCCUGCGCCUCUCCACUGGCCAGGACGUGACGCUGACGGCGCGCACCACGGACAUGGUGGCGCACGCCAAGCGGCGGCUCUGCAUCGCCGAGCCCUCGCUCGAGCCCACUCGCCAGCGCUGGUUCUUCGCCGGGCGGUUGCUGGCCGACCGGGUGGCGCUCGCCGACCUGAAGAUCCCGCGCGACUUCGUGGUGCAAGUGGUGGUGACGCCGAUUCAGCCGCCGGCGCCGCCCCCGCCCGCGCCGACGCCUGUUGAGAACUGAGAGAGCGUCCCCCCUUCCCUCUCCCCCCAACCUCCCCACUCCGUGUCGGCCUUCCCUCGUCUGCCACCCGCUUGACGUUGCUCUUGUGGACCUCGCGUUACGGACGUUGCCUUGCCACGUUCUCAUCGUUGUGAAAGGAUUACGCGGGGCUUUGAUUACAGCUGGGUCUGACCGUGUCGGUGGCCUGGAAAAGACUACGGCACCCGGCACACCACAUCCAGUAUGCCUCUCGCUGCAGUGCUGUGGCUACUGCCAGUCACGUGCCACUUACACCAGUCUCGGAGUGACCCAGAACAUAUUCAGUGACAAAUCAAGCCCUGGGAGUACAUAGCCCAAAAAAGAGAUGAUCCCUUGUAGAUACAUGGGCAGGUUGUGUGCUGGGUGAUGUACUUUUAGUUGACGAGAAACUUAAAGUUACUGUCAAACGCGUUAUUGGCUGUGGAUUUGUGCCUGUUUAGUUACUAUAGCAUUGCAGUGAUGUCAGCAGGGCGCUAACGCAGGGCACCUCCGCAAGGAUGCUGUUCAAGCUCAAUCUACGGUGGGGUGUCACCUGAGAGUCGCUUUAAACUCUUCAUUUUUCACCAACAGAGAUUCAAAACUCGUUUCUGACCGCGAAGGUCACGCAGCCUAGAUAAAGAGUUAUUGGUUUUUUUUGGUUGCGCCUUUAAAACAGAGAGUGGAGACCUGGCCUUGGCGACGCUGUUGUUGGGUUGCCCCCCUGCCCCCCUCACGGCAAUUUGCGCUGUGAGCUGCUGACGGAAUUUGAGUGCCGAGACAAGCGAGGCACAAUCUGGACUCGCCUCCACGCGGUGACGCCCCCGGUCGCUCUCCCCGUCGCCCGUCGCCUACCCCGUGGCUCGCCCAGCUUCGUUUCAAAUCAAAGCCUUCACGUGCAAUUUUUAGCGACGGGUCCGCGGCCCGCCAGCGGCUGGUUUUUGGGGUUGGGGGGGGGGGGCCGUGCAGCUUCCCCCCCGGGGUUUUUUUUUUGUCAGCGUUGCGACCGCGUGGGUGUCGUUGACGGUUUCACUAAACGCUACUUUGCUGGGUCUUCCCCGUAGAAAUGUUGGAGCAGAAGAAAUGUAUUCUCUCUCUGGAUUUGCUUUCGUACGUUACGAUUAAUCGCGUCAUAUUCUAUAGUUUUUGCUUUUUUACCGUUGGGCUCAGAUGACAAUUGAAUUGACAGUUUGCGCACAACAGCCCAUGAGCAUCAUGUAUUGUAUAUAUACAGUAUAUAUGUAUGUGUACAUACACGCACACAACUUAUAGAUCUAUAACAAAACUGUAAAAAAAAAAAUCAUUAAUUUAAAUAUUAGCUCUAGCUGCCUUAAUAGCGAUGUAAACAUUAGUUCACUGGUAGCAACGGGGAUUUGUGCUGUGCCAAUGAAUGACUCGUUGCUCGGGGUUGGAGGAUCGCAUGAAGACGGCGCUCGCGGUCGUGGCCCCGCUGUGACGCCGACUGCCUGUGCGGCGGAGCGAGGGAGGGUGGGUGGGGGAGCCAGUUGGCUGGAAAAUUUACGCCCGUGGGUGUGAUGCACUAACCCUGCUGCGUGGAGCCCUCUCCUCUCCAUUGUCAACACACAGGCUCAGUUUCAGACUCUUGUUGCCAGGGUCUCGUGUUCUUCCGAUGCUGUCGUUGGGAAGAGAGAGGGUGUUCUGCAGACGUUGGCCGAGUGUCAAUUCCAGUUCGCGUCCACCUCCGGCCGCGUCAUCACUACGUUGGGUUCACUACGUUGGGUUCACUACAUUAAAGUCAUCAGCUUAAGGUCGGGUAUCUCCACACCAUUAUACUGCCCUAAGCCAGUGUUGGGAAAUGCACGCGUUUUGUUUGUGGCUUGGGUCGAUUUUCUUCCAACAACAAUCUCUGUUGACCUUCCACAAAGAGGUGUAAUCACUUUAGCAUCUUAGCAUCCCCAGAGACGCAGUUACGAGAUGUGAUAUAAAUGGCAAUAACGCACUUGCCUGGGAUUGGAGAGCUCUCUGCGUUGAUUGUACGUGCGGGGAAGAGGUGUCGUAGAAUUUGGUUUUGGGGGAAAAAAAGAAAAAACCGACUUUGCUUUCUGAGGUCAUCUGCUUUAGCACUGGUGGUGAUGCACAGGGCGUCGAUCCGGAGUUUGUUCAUAACAAGAGGUUAUUCAGGGGCAUUAUAUUUCAGAUGAAUACACGAGUUAUCUAGAAUGUAGUUAGGUUGUAUUCUCCCCUCCAGCAUUGUUAUUUUUGUAUGUUUCGUCACAAUUAUGCUCCUGGAUUACAUGCAGGAAUAUUUUUUUUAAACGGAUUUUUUUUAAAAGUCUAAAGUCUUUAGUGUAGCGACCAUACUUGUUUUUAAGGGGGGUGGGGGGGGGGUGUCUUAAGGUCAAUUAUUUUAUUUUAUGACAUGCCUGGUAAGUAAAUGUAAAUCCAAAAUUCUUGCUAAAUAUCGCUCGUAUGUAUAUUUGGAUCGUUAUUUUCUUGUUAACCAAAGGUGAAAUGUGUGUGGCUGCCGUGGCGACGCGUCGUACCUAGGCCAGCAUCGACGGGCAACUCUCAAGUGCAUUGACAGACGAAUGCAAAUUCUGCGCUGCCCCUUACUACCUACUAGCGUGUGAACUGUGGUCAAAUUUAUUUUGUUGAAGCCGGGUUAGCUGGGCCGGGCGUGGGGGCGCGGGAGUGGGAGAAUGUGCGCUGUUACCCGUUCAUGUGUGAGGGAUAAGAAAAUGUUGCCUUUU